UGGUAAGGCCAAAGCAUUUCUCAAGGUGGUAGUUUGGCUUAGGGUUUUCAUCAUUUAAUGUAGCUGUGUCUUUUCAGAGACUCAGGAACUAAAUGAUUUAAUUCUAAUUAGGAUCUGUACACAUUUAUGAAUGAGAAGUCAGGUAUCUUCCGGUACACACAGUCUUUCUGUUACAUGUUGUGUUUGCAUGUAGCUCAUACUAUGUGAGAGUUUCCAUGAAAGCAGAUGGAUAUAGUUCCAUUCAGUCUAUCUCUAGUAUACAAAGCUAUUUUGUGUUGUCAAUAAAAAUCAUAAAUUCUUUACAUUACUGAGCUUUAUUUCCAGCCAAGGAGUAGUACAUGAAAGUCUUACAGGAUUUUUAAUUGCUAUGUUUUUUUUAAGUCUCCAUUUGGAGUGUGUGUGUGUAUCUCUUUCUGGCCCUGACUCUACUGGAAGAUUUAGUGAAACGUGCUUUUCCAAGCAGGUCAUUCUGAUGAGCAGGUUACGGGGAGUAAUGGAUUUGGGAGAGGUUGAAUCUCAAAUGUUAAUGACAUUGUUUUGAUACACAGUAGUAUACUGCGUUGUCAAGGAGGAGUACGUACUUCUGAUGAGGUCCUUCUGUUGUACAUCCUGUAAUAUGGAAUGAAAGCCUGUCCGACAUAAAUGUUUUAUGGUGUUUCAGGCUUUAACUGGUACUGCGAUGAGAAGCGUGACUGGGUCCUUAAAUCCCAGUCAUUUGAGAGAGGUGGAGAGAAAACACCCUUCAUAACUUACUGUCACAAGAUUGUAAGAUAAAACUUAGAGUAGUAGCAGUCAUGCUCUACGGCUGCCUAUCAAUACCAUGGUUUUGUUCUUGCCCUCCUGGCUGUAGCUGUGUCUCUCUCUUCCAAGCUCUGCAUUGCAUAUAAGGUCAGGGGGUCAAAAUUUUUAUAUUUUCAGUUUGCUAGUCUGAGCCUUCAAUCCCAACCUCCCUCCCCCAAGCUUUUAAUACCCUAAUAACCACUUUUCCACGUAUGCUUUCAUGAAACUUGAUUACAGUUUUUCAUAACCUCUGCUUUCAUCAGUUAACUAUCUUCAGCCAGGGAAGUCAAGCUUUGAUUCAGUGAUAUCUUUGUACUAACAAAAUACAAGGACACUUAUUUCCAUGUUAAUGUGCUUUCCAAACUCUGGAAUUUUCCUGUAUUUGCUUGGCAAUUUUCUGGGGUCUGUGCUCUUUAAUAAUACUGUGAUGCUUGUGUCCCCUACCCCCUGAAUCUCUUUCUCUAGAAACUCCUCGUAUUCUCCUUUAUUUUGAGAGUUGGUAGGUAUUAUGUCCUAUUGAAAGGCAGCAGUUCUAUUCUUAACACAAUCUCGGAACGUAGAAAGAAAACAUUGAGCUGUUUGCCACGAAUUUUACUUAAAUGGAUUUUGAUUGGGGGGGGAAAUGUGAUUAUCUUCAGAUCAUUCAGGAAUUUAAGUAAAAAUACUAUGCUUUGGUAAUUUUGGAAAGCUCUGUGUAAACUUUUAAAGCCUGUUGUUUUUUUGGUCUACAAAAGUAGGGGCUUCUGUAGGCUAUGGGAUGUAUAAGCCUGGGCCAGGCUUGCUUUUACAGCGCCUGGCCAUGUAGCGUCAGGUAGCGUAAUGAGACUUGACUGGUCUGACUCAAGACGAUUGCAACCCGCACCUCUGCUCCUUCCCACAAAAAAUGUAUUUUUUUAAUCUGUCAGUAUUGCUCUUUUGUAAUGAGGACUGAUAUAAGUAAUCAGUCCUUUUCUGUAUGUAAGGUAUGUUUGAAGUAAGGGUGAUGUGCUAGGCUGUUGCCUAGGUUGGUGUAGACCAAAGCCUAGAGUAAACACUGGUUUAGAGCAUUACAUGGAAACUGCGUAGGCUUAGAUGCUGCCAUAUGAGUUCUUGGUCUAGAUUUUAUAUUCUAAAAGAGACUUAAGAGUCUUGAGGAGAAGACUGUCUCUCUCCAUGGGACAGUUAGCAUAACUGUGGCUUGUGGUGAAAAUAAAUAACACGUUAGGCAGCUGGCACUCUGCACCUAUGUUUUCCUAUCCAUACUCUGUGGUUUAGUGUUUUUUGCAUUCAGGGCAGACUACAGCGAAGCUUGUUUGAUGAAUUGCAGUUUGUCUCGUGAGUAUGAUACUUUGAGAAUAAAAGCAAUGCCUUAUCAUUAGGUGGCUUCUUUCUGAUUCAAUAAGCAAGCCUUCCAUUAUAUAUUAGUUUUAGAAACAAGAUAUGGGGAGGGUGUGUGUGUGUGUAUAUAUCUACACAUAUAUAUAAAAAAUAUAGAGCACCCUGAAUAGGUACAAUGGAAUCCUAGUUAUACAAACAAAAAGUGAGAAUCUAAGUAGUUCUGUAUUCAGUGUUAAUGAUCUUUAUUUCGUUUGAAAGGUUGACCUUUGCAGGGCCUUUUCUUCUGAAGUAAAGAAUAGGCUGAUCUGUUUCUCCCACAGCUGGAAGGGCAGGGGGAAAUUUGGUUGAUCAUCUUUUUUUUUUUUUCAGCAAGACUAUCACAGGGAAUGAUAGGGCCAGUUGCUAAGAUUGCAAAGGACUGUGCGGCCCCAGGCAUCUUUAACUAUGUGUGAAGACUGAUUCUGUUUAAUGCAAAAAAAAAUAUGAAAUGCCUAAGUUUAGACCAAACACUGAUUCAGGUCAGGAAAAAUGGGAUCCUUCCCAUUGACUUAAAACAGAUACGUGAGACUUUUGUAUGAUGGUUCAUAUAAAUCAAAGUGAAUGGGCAUUAGAUUACACAUUCAUCAUUAUGAUUAUCACUUGAACUGCUUAGCAUGUGUAACCUGGUAAGCAUUUGCCAGUAUUGCAUUUAUCUGUAAAGACAGUAUUAGAACAUUAUAUUCUGAAUUUUAUUUAAUUUAUUGUGGUGGUCUAAAGCUCUACAACUUGAAGAGUUUGAGGCAGAACGAUAAAUGAUCAAGAGCGUGCACAUUCUGCAUGGGAAAUCCAUGCAGUGUGUGUGGUUUUUUACAUCUGUUGAUCUAGUUACUCAGAUAGAAAGCAUGCUUUUUACUGCAAUAAGAAUCUAUUUAAAAUUCUAUUUUUAAGUCAAUAUAAACCAAUUUAAAAUAUCUUCUGUUAGAUAUGUAAAUGCUUUCUUGUGGACAAAAGCAUUCUGCCCACCCAAUUGUGUAACUUCAGCUUAAGCCAGUUUGCUGUUUCCAGCCUCUUAAUUGUUCUGUAAUCUAUGAGUACAAAGAAUUAAAUGUGUCCAGUCUCGAACAUUUGGUUAAUUUCAUUGUGCUCAGGAAGAUGGUUUACAGUUUGGGUCUUGGGAUGUGGAGCUGGGACUUUGGCCUGUUGACAGUUAUUUUAAAGGUUGAAUUCUGUUAGAACCUGUUGCCUCUGCUAACAAGAUUUUCCUAAAGAAAGACUCAAGAACACUGUAUAGCAUCCAAAUAAGAGACUGAGGCGUUGUCUUUAAGCAUUUAAAAUAAUUUUAAGAUCCGUUGAAGGGACACGUCUGGUCAGAUGGGUGGGGGGUCACUCUUCAGAACUGAAAGAUCUAGAGAAACCUGACGAUUUGAGGUAUGGUCAAGGAUUUAGCAGAGCUGCUGCAGAAAAUGUGAAUUAUUGAGAAGAGAUUGAAAACAUUGUGUAUUUUUGCGGGCCAGCUCUCCUCCCUUUGCCUGUUGCAGCUCCUGAAUGGGUGAAAAGAUCCGACGGUACAUGUAUGUGGAGAGAACAUUUAAGAACACUUACAAUUGGGAAAAUUGCACUUUAUCAUCUGUCCAUUGGACUGAAGCAGAUAGAACGGAUGGGAAAAAGUACUGCUCGUCACUGAGAUCCAUAGACAAGAUUCCCAAACUGCUUUGUUGAAGACAUCUAAAGCAGCACAGCCUGGUAUUUUACUGCUCCCAGUUUUGAAUGAAGAAUCCAAACAGUUCUGAAGUAUUUGGAAAAUGAGUGUUCUUCUCAUUGAAGCCUUUUAUGGUGGUUCCCACAAACAGCUGAUGGAUCUUCUCCAGGAAGAGCUACAAGAAGACUGUGUCCUCUGUACACUUCCUGCCAAGAAGUGGCAUUGGAAGGCACGGACUGCCGCUCUUUAUUUCAUGCAAACAGUGCCAACGAGUACUAAUUACAGGAUCCUCUUUGCAAGCUCGGUGCUUAACCUGGCUGAACUCGCUGCCCUCCGUCCUGACCUUGGCAAAUUGAAAAAGGUCCUCUACUUCCAUGAGAACCAAUUGGCAUAUCCUGUCCAGAAAUGCCAGGAAAGGGAUUUUCAGUACGGAUACAACCAGAUCCUUUCAUGUUUGGUUGCUGAUGUUGUGGUGUUCAACUCUGCUUUUAAUAUGGAAUCGUUUCUUACAUCCAUUGGAAAAUUUAUGAAGCUGAUUCCUGACCACAGACCUAAGGAUUUGGAAAAAAUAAUCAGACCGAAGUGCCAAGUUCUUUAUUUUCCAGUCAGGUUUCCUGAUGUGAGCAGGUUCAUGCCAGAACAUAAGCUUGCCCAUUUGGAAAAGGUAAUUGGUGUUAAAAGAAAUGGAGAUGCUUAUCAAUUGGAGGGUCUGCCCGGCCAGCAGAAGAGCAGAGCUUUAAUGAAAAACAGCAACGCACAUCACGAGUCUGGACUUUGUGAAGCCCAGCCUGGACUUUAUACCACACAGCACGAGGGGCUGCCUUCCCCAUUAACAGCACCGGCGAGAUUGAACAAGUCUGAAGCAUCAGAAAGUACAAAUCCUUGUCAAGAAGAAGAUAAGCAACAUCUGACUUUUAACCUCUCUAAUAUCUUGAGUGGACGGGACUAUCAGCAAAGACCUUUACACGUUGCCUGGCCUCACAGGUGGGAACACGACAAAGAUCCUGAAACGUUCUUUAAAGUCCUGUUGAAACUGAAAGAGAAAGAUCUACCUUUUCACGUGUCUAUCCUUGGAGAGUCUUUCACCGAAAUUCCAGAUAUCUUUUCAGAGGCCAAAAAGGCGUUGGGGUCUUCCGUCUUGCACUGGGGCUACUUACCCAGCAAAGAUGACUAUUUCCAGGCUCUGUGCAUGGCCGACGUUGUCAUCUCAACAGCUAAACACGAAUUCUUUGGCGUGGCAAUGGUCGAAGCUGUACAUUGCGGCUGUUAUCCGCUGUGUCCCAAAGCCUUGGUGUACCCAGAGAUAUUUCCAGCUGAAUAUCUGUAUUCUACACCUGAACAGCUUUUUAAAAGGCUUCAGAAUUUCUGCAAGAGACCAGAUAUUGUAAGGAAACAUCUCUAUAAGGCUUCAGGCUCAGCUAACAGUUGGGUUCGCGUGGAUCUUCUCCCUGCGUGUGGAUCCCCAGCUCCUAAACAGAGCCAAGGGCGAGACGGCUGGGUUUUCUUGGGCAGCGCUCGGCGGUAAAUUCAGGUCUCUGCUCGCAGCAGAACCGAGGGAAGAUUUGUGACAGAUGGGGCUAAGUCACAAACUUGCAGCCUCAGGCAGAAUUGUGGAAGUUUCCAGAGUGUGCCCAUAUUUACCUGAUCAGAGAGAAAAGAAAAUCUGCAGAGGAAGCCGAGCCUGGCUGCUUGUCAUAGCUGACACAGAGCCAUCUGCCACAAACCUGUGGCGGCUUCAGAUCUCCAAUCCCUGCCACCACCCCAGCUCAAAUUAAAUACAGAUUCUUAGAGACGUUAUGAUGGUUACACAUGUCCUCGGCAUCACAUGCAGGAGACUGUUCAAAAAAAAUAUGUGGCCUGUUGUGUAACCGCACUCAUGUAUCCCAUAUGUGGUGCCACAUUGAAUUUCCGGUUGAAUCUGUUUUUAUCCUUUGUACUGGAUGACAUGGUGCCUGAAUUCUUUCUUUUCGCCGACACGAUGGCAGCCAAGCUGCAGCUUCAAACGCUCACACUUGGCUGAGUUUCUACCUAGGUUGCCAGGUUAUCAUUGGAGCCUUAUUGUGUCCUCAAAGGGCCACAGGGCCUGAAAGGAGGAUCCGAACGCUGCCGGACUAAUUGGGCAGCCAUCUCCGGGUUGUUUGGAGGCAAAGGGCUGCUUUAGCACUUUUUUUUUUUUUUUUUUUUUUUUUUCCCCUGCAAAUUAAUGACUCUCUGGCACGGGGGUUUUUAAGUGAAGGUAUUAAUAAGGGGUCUGGCAGGUAAUCCCAUGAUUCGUGGAGUUACAUUUGCAUUUAAUUAAUCUUAAAGAAAGCUGAAAGAUAAACAGCUGUAAUUCAAACUAGCAUGGGAAAUAUGCUACAUGGUGCCAUCUAUCCGAUAAAAUGAAAGCCGAGACACUUGUUUUAUUUCUCUCAAGGAUGGAGAACAAACAGAUAACAGUCAAAAUACUUCCAAUAAAAACCAGUAGUUUAAAUGUAACGGCAGUUCAUCAAGAAUCUUUGCAUCCAGUUACAAAUACAGUCUUUUAAAGAUAAAUCACUUAUGAUUCCAGCAGUCAAGCUGCUAUAUUUGUUGAUGUAAAAUGUUUUGAAGAUGUAGAUUGUACAAUAAAUUUUUAAUAAAGUGCCCACUGCAAUUUUUAA